AUGUCGGACAUCGACGACAGCGAGCGCGGCGCCGACCCCUUCAACCCGGCCAUGAAGUUCGUCUCCGGCGGCAACGUGGAGACCUUCACCAAGACCCCCGCCAACGUCUCCAGAGACUACUUCGAAGGCCCAGCACCACCAGUCAAGCCAAGCAAAGGCGGCAAAGCCGCCGCCGCCGCGGCCAAGAAGCGCAAGUUAGGCGCCGCAGAAGAAGACCAUCCUGCCACUCCAGCCAACAAGCGAGCCAAAGGCAAAGCAGCCGCAGCUGCUGAUACUCCAGACUCCUCGGCCGUCAAACCAGCAUCGGCCCGUCAGAAGCAGACUCGAACAUACAAGGGGAAGAACGCAGUUUCUAGACCCAUCCCUAGGACUUUCGAGGAGUGCGAUGAGGUCGAUAAGAUGUUGAUCGAGUGGCGCGACCAGAAGAAGGAAUGGGGUCCUAUCAAGGCCGAGUGGAAGCGUUUGACUGGUGAGGCAACCGCUGUGAGCACCUUGCCGAAUCGCUAUACUAGGUUGAAGACCAACUUCGCUGUCCUCAACGAAGAAGACAAGGGCAUUCUGAUCCAAGCCAAGCGCGAGAUCGAAGACUCCUUCCAGGCUCAGAAGUGGUCAUUGGUUGCGAACGUCCUCCACUCCAAGGGCGGAAGCGACUACACCUCGUGCCCCGUCAUUCUCCAGCGCCAGUGGAAGAAGCUCAUGCUGGCCGGAGGAGCCACGAUGCCGCCAGGAGUGAGAGACAAGGACUUCGAAGAGACCCCUCCCGGAAGCGACGCCGACGACGACGACGACGAGAACGGCGGACAUGAUGGCGAGCUUGUCGGUGAUGGGGAUGGUGAGGAUGACGACGGAGAUGAUGAAGACGAGUAUUGA